AUUAUAGUUCAAAACGACAGAAAAGUAAUCGUUCAGGUCGUGAACUUAUAAGUUUGGUGCUAUUUUUUUGGACUAAUGUGCAGUUUCGGAUAGCAGUGCAAUAUAAUCGAUCAAACUCUUCUCUUUCGACGAAGGGACAUUUUUUUCUCGUGUGAGCAGAGAAUCUUUCGCGGAAAACGCACAACACUCGCUCUUUGGCUAGCCGUCAAGAAUUUUCGCUCGAAUCAGUCUCUUUUCCACAAAGUUUUGCGAAGUGUAGACGGGCCAAAGCGAGGCUCCGUGAAUGCUUUCAAAUUAAAAAGUUUAUAGAAGAAUAAAAAAAUAUCUGCAAAUAUUGGACAAUUUAAAGAUAAAAAUAAAUUUUAUCCAAUUCUGUUCGUGUGAUCGAAAGAACAGGGAAAAUCGUAAACACCGCAGUGUCUACCGUAAUAUCUGUGCAAAGAAAAUUCGAUAGGCUUCUGAAAGUGCUCGUAGGCGGAAAAGUGAUUUGAAGAAUACGGCGGAGAAAUUCUGCAGUUUUUAAUCGUAGAAAAAAAAGUGAAAUAAAAGGACACAAUGCCACAGACGAAAGCGACUAAUGGAUUUGCGACCAGCAACGGCCACAAUGGCUACGAGAUGGAGGACGGAUGCUCGUUCCUGUUCACUUCGGAAUCGGUGGGAGAGGGCCAUCCAGACAAGAUGUGCGAUCAAAUCAGCGACGCCAUCCUCGAUGCGCACUUGAAACAGGACCCAAACGCUAAGGUCGCUUGUGAAACCAUCUCCAAAACCGGAAUGAUUCUGCUUUGCGGUGAGAUCACAUCGAAGGCCGUCGUCGACUAUCAGAAAGUGGUUCGCGAGACAGUCCAACACAUCGGCUAUGACGACUCCUCGAAAGGCUUCGAUUGGCGGACGUUGAAUUUGUUGAUCGCGAUCGAACAGCAGUCCCCCAACAUUGCCCAGGGCGUGCACAUCGAUCGAGAUGAGGAUGAUGUAGGCGCCGGUGAUCAGGGUUUGAUGUUCGGCUAUGCCACCGAUGAAACCGAGGAACGCAUGCCACUGACCGUUGUGUUGGCCCACCGACUGAAUGAAAAAAUCGCCGAACUACGUCGCAGCGGGGACUUCUGGUGGGCUCGGCCAGAUUCGAAGACCCAGGUUACUGCUGAGUACAUUUUCGAAUCGGGUGCAUGUGUGCCACAGCGGGUGCACACCAUCGUCGUGUCUCUGCAGCACUCGGAUAAGAUCACGCUGGAGGAACUGCGCACCAACAUCAUGAACAAGGUGAUCCGUGAGGUCAUCCCAGCUAAGUAUCUCGACUCGAACACGAUUGUGCACAUCAACCCGUGUGGGCUGUUUAUCAUAGGUGGACCACAGGGAGACGCUGGUCUGACUGGACGAAAAAUUAUCGUCGACACUUAUGGUGGCUGGGGAGCUCACGGAGGUGGUGCUUUCUCCGGUAAGGAUUUCACAAAAGUUGACCGUUCGGCGGCUUACGCAGCACGUUGGGUCGCCAAAUCGCUGGUGAAUGCCGGAAUCUGUCGGCGCUGUUUGGUACAGGUCGCGUACGCUAUUGGUCUCGCCGAACCUCUAUCGAUUACAGUAUUUGACUAUGGUACUUCAAAAUACAGCCAGAAGGAGUUACUGUCAAUCGUCAAAAAGAACUUCGACCUGCGCCCGGGAAAAAUUGUCAAGGACCUUAACCUUAGGACACCAUUCUACCAGCGUACCAGCACCUAUGGACAUUUUGGACGUGAAGGCUUCCCAUGGGAGGAACCCAAGGAACUGUUGCUCGAUUGAUUCCAUGCGACAUACACCGCCGAUAGUGCAUGCGAUUUUGUUCGCUGCAAAAAGCCAAGGAAAUGUUCAAGCAUAACUGAAAAUAGUGUUUAGGAUACAAAAGUCUUGCUACAGUUUUUAAGUGUAAGUGUGUUCCCGUGACUACAGUGUAAUUUUGUUUAGAGAUAGGUUCCGUUUUCCCAGAAUUGUAAUCCGAAUCGUGUCAUAUUUUUUUACUGAAAAUAGUUUAAAUUUUUGUCGCUUUUUGUCUGUAUUGCAUUGUGACCAGUACAGGUUUCUUUUUUAGAAGAAAUGAAAUAGUUUAGGUAAAAUGAUUUUCCCUUCCAAUUUACACGAAAGUGCAUUAAAUCAAGAUUAUCCAGUAGAAGGCAUGUAUCGUAAUCGUAGGAAUCAAAAUUUAGGAAUGUUUUUUCGAUGAUUAAAAAUUGUGAAAGAAUUUCUUCGCACCGCCUUAGUUCGUUAGUCCCAGUCUUACUUCACGAAACAAAAACAAUUGCAACAACAUGUCUACAAUUAGUUAUUACGCUUACACAGAUUCUACUUGAAAUCGAGUAAAUAGUAAAAAAAAAAAUGCGUAUAUCCAUGAAAAAGCGACAUAGUGUCCAUAAAAGUAUAGUAAAAAUAUGAAAAAUAUACUAAAAAAACUAGAAAAAGUGUUCCAAGCUAAAAUGGAUACAUAGUAAAAGGGGAUCUCGUGAAACUUCGACAAAGCUAGAUCAUUCAGUUGGCCACAGUAGGAACCUCAUCAAGUGCGUUUCCAGUGCAAGAUCUUUGGGAAUGCUGCCUGCUGCAAAAACCGUUGUAUGAAGUGAAAAAAAUCAGUUCAAAUGUUUUAUAUUGAUAUAUAUUUUUAAAGAAAGAGCAGUUCUAGAAGUAGUGUGAGUCAAGCAAGUGUGCAAAAAUUCAAAGGACCGAAAGUUAAAUGUAUAGAAUAUCAAACAAUUGCAAGUUCAAACUUCGUUGAAUUUGGAUUAUGCUUUUCGCGAGAGGUAGAAAUUGUUCAUGCACAGUUAGAACAACAGUAACAUUAGCAAACGUGUUUAGCCGAAAAUAGUUACUAGACCAGCAUUUAAGACGGAAAUACUUUUAUAUUAUGAAUCGAAUGGUGCUUUCUGAAAACGUAUGACGUGACUUUUGCUGACCAAUUAACUGAGACUUCACACGGGACCUUGAAGUUAGGAAGAACUACGCAAUAAUCGAUCAACUGCCAUUUUUUCAUUUUGAGUAGUAGUUUACUAGUGAACCUUACACACAUUCGGUAGUCGCUAAACACGUCGCUUUAGUGCAUUGCAACAGAAUCUCUUCACUUUGUAGGCUUGUGUGUUUCUAGAAUUUAAAAUCCAUAAAUCUAAAUUCUAGAAGCACAGAGCUCUUUGAUCGUCGCUCGUGGAAUUUCCAUCUGGCCAAAUGCGGCGUACAACUUUUCGCAAAGUGGAAAUUUAAUAUAUAUUUUUCAACGCAAAAAUCGGCACCUAUUUACUAAGUUCAAAAAAAGUUUGCUUUGGCGUCCCCGAUGUUGCUAAUCUGGUCGAGUUGUAUGUUCCCCUUAAGAUUUUGGAAUUUACAUCUGGAUAUCAAACUGAGUGACAUCGGUCGGUGGGAUGGCCCCGGUUUAGUCCUAAUAAUUCACACGCAACGAAGUUUAUUUUUUUCACAUGUUCAUACACGUUUUGUGUUGUGUUUACGCAAAGGAAUUUAUUUGUGGAAAAGAGCCAUUUCGAAAACACUCCGGUCCGCUGAAUGGUCGAAGGGUGCUAAGUGGUACGAACAAAAAAAUCAGAAAAAUCCCCAAAAAAUAGACCCCAGUGAUGUUAGAGUAUUUGGUUCUGUUAAAAUUUCUAUGAGCUAGAAACUUAGCUGAAUAAACAGUCUAACUUCCCAAUACAAUUUGUGAAAGUAUCCUUCCUAGUGAAAAUAAAAUGAGAUAAAUACAUAGCGUAAGAAAAUGUACCGCAGCACGCUUUGCGAAGACUCGAGUCCAACCAAAAACAGAGUUUCAAUGAAUAGAUUUUUCUUACCGGAUACAGAUCUACUUACUUAUUACUGGAAUAACAUUCAGAAAAACAUGAGCGACAAACAAUACACAAAGAGAAUAAAACAUACAAUUUCUCACUACUUCUGGUAGUGUGAAACGACAACCACA